ACUGGAAGCCAUGUUUGCAAUGCGAAGUGCUCGCAAAGCUUGACGCGCCGGACGCGAGUUGUCUCGCAGGGCAAGCUUCGCGAUAGACGGAGGAGCUGCGGGACGCCGAGUUGCGCCCGAUGCGGUUUGGCGCCGCUGGAAAACCGACAGCUCGACUUUCUCCGCAAUCGUUGGAGAGAUCUUUGGCAGCAUCCUCGAUCCAUUGCGCCUGGCAUCCUCGAGUGGUUAGACGUGCGAAUGUCCUUUUUUGAAUAUUGUUCUUGAUCCCUGCAUAAUUCGAAAUGGGCUGGUUCUGGGGUGGUUCGAACAGUGACGAUCCGACAAAGAAGCUCGAUCCGAGCCUUCGUGAAUACCUCGAGAAAGAGGCCCCUGCCAAAUACACACCGGCAGAGAUUCCUUCGUCUUCGUCUACGUCUAGAGAGACCCAGCCAAAUGAGUCGUCUUCGAAAGCUACAUCCUCCGAUGCAUCGGAACCGAAAGUCCCCUCCGCCUCUCUCUACCCGGACGGCCGAUAUGCUCAUCUGUGGAAAACGUAUAAACCUCUAAAGGAGACCGAGGAAUCGAUGACGACGGGCGCGGAGAGGGUGAUUGAACAAUUCAAGCAGCGCAAAGAUACGCUUCACAAUGCGGCGAUGGAGAACUGUGCGUUGGAACACGAGGCUCUCACGUUCUGCUUCCAGACGGGAGACUGGAAGAAGAAGCUGAAGGCGCGUGUGACGAUGUGCUCGGAGGAAAACAAAAAGUUUUCUCGGUGCUAUACUACGCAGGCUAAAUUCCUCCAAGCACUCGGGUAUGCCUCGUCAUUUGAGUGGGACGACGAAAAGGAAGAGCGGAUUCAGAUGCAUGCAGACAAGCUGUAUCAUCAAAUGCUGGACUACGAGAGGCGGGUGGAGGAAGCACAGGCGGCUGGUUUCGAACCACCUCCAAUUACUUCCCUUUUCAACCCUGAUGCGGCACCCAUCCCCCAGAAGCUUCCCCAGGAUGCGAAGUCGACAGAGGUGGAGAUUCCAGGUGUGGACAAGCUGCCUGACGGCUUCAAGCCUUCCAAACCGCUCGAGCAGCUCACGCCCCAUGAACGUGAACUCGAGGUCCAGGCGCACAAGGCAUCGCUGGAACAGCAGAGGAAAUACGCCGAGGAGGCGAGCCCCUUUAUGAAGUCCCAAGAAACCGCACGACAGAAACGACAGGAGAAAGCCAUCAGCUGGUUUGGAGAGACCAUCGGAAAAUGGAUCACCUAGCUGUGCCUCCUUUGGCUGUGAUGUAACCCGCAGUGAUUUUCAUUUCUUUGUAUAUUAUUCUAUUGCGUUGACACCCAAUUUUGGGCUUGCAGAGAGCGACGGGCGUGGCACUUAGACUUCCUAUACGGCG